UAUAGACGUCUUUUUUUUCUGACUGAAGACGUUAUCAUUUUCUCACUCACACUACCCAUGCAGUGUGCUGUGUGCAUCACAUGUGCACAUGUGAACCUAUCAUAAAAAAAACCCUGUAAGUAACCAUAUUAUAUACACAGAAUUAUAAAUAUAUUAUCGUACAACCACUCUAUACUAUAUAAUAUGACAUGUCUCUGUAUAUAUAAAGUCUGGUGUGGAGUGAGAGAAUCAUCUGCUCAUUUUCUCUUCGUCACUGACUGACACUAUCCUUCAAACUUAGAAAGGAGUUUCAAGUGGGGACCAACAUGGAAGAUCAUUGCUUGAUAAAGAAAGAUGUCACUGAAUUGAUUGGUAACACACCAAUGGUGUAUCUGAACAAAAUUGUUGACGGCUGUGUAGCUCGUAUUGCUGCCAAGCUUGAAAUGAUGCAGCCUUGCUCUAGCGUCAAAGACAGAAUCGCUUAUAAUAUGAUCAAAGAUGCAGAAGACAAAGGAUUAAUUAAGCCAGGAGAGAGUACAUUGAUAGAGCCAACGGCUGGUAACACUGGGAUUGGUUUAGCCUGCAUAGGAGCAGCAAGAGGCUAUAAAGUAACUCUUCUGAUGCCUUCAUCGAUGAGUUUAGAGAGGAGAAUCAUUCUAAAAGCUUUAGGUGCAGAGCUUCAUCUCACAGAUAGGAGUAUAGGCAUUAACGGAAUGUUGGAAAAAGCUGAAGAGAUAUUAAGCAAAACUCCUGGUGGUUUCAUUCCACAGCAGUUUGAAAACCCUGCAAACCCUGAGAUUCAUUACAGAACCACUGGUCCAGAGAUAUGGAGAGACUCAGCAGGGAAAGUAGAUAUAUUGGUUGCUGGUGUUGGAACUGGUGGAACCGUUAGUGGAACAGGGAAGUUUCUCAAGGAGAUGAAUAAAGACAUUAAGGUUUGUGCAGUGGAACCUGCAGAGAGUCCAGUACUCAGUGGAGGAGAACCAGGUCGACAUUUGAUCCAAGGGAUUGGCUCUGGUAUCAUCCCAGCUAAUUUGGACUUAACUAUUAUUGAUGAAAUCAUUCAAGUGUCAGGUGAGGAAGCUGUUGAAACCGCCAGGCUUCUUGCUCUCAAAGAAGGGCUGUUGGUGGGAAUAUCCUCUGGAGCUGCAGCUGCUGCAGCGUUGAAGGUUGCAAAGCGGCCAGAAAACGCAGGGAAACUCAUUGCGGUGGUUUUUCCCAGUGGAGGAGAACGUUAUUUAUCAACCACACUGUUUGAUUCUGUUAGAUAUGAAGCAGAGAAUUUGCCGGUUGAAUGAGUAGCCAUUUGUGAUUCUGUUUGGUUUUGGCACAAGAUGUUUGUACCAAGAUUACAGUUUGGUUGUUCCUGAUCAAUAAAGUUCAUCCUAUAAAUGAGCAUCAAUAAAACAAAUAAAUAAAAUGAAAGAAAGUAUUGAUUUCAAGAUUUAGAUGGAUUGGUUACUCCAAGAAAGAUUAUAAACUGAUCUUCUGUAGUGUCUUCAAUAAUGAGCCUAGAGAGGAAAAAUCUUCUUCACAAGUGAAUGAGAACCUUAAGC